AUGCGUAUCGCUGCGGCGCGAGGCGCGGGCCCGCCCGUCACGCUCGCUCGCCGCCCAACAGCUGAUCGCUACGUGACAUUUUUAUUUUAUUCGCUCUCUUCCGGGGAUUCUCCGAGAUACGUGCCAGUGACGUCAUUAUCUGCCCGCGUGCGCCGCCGCUACCUGAUUUAUUAUCUUAAAUGCGCGAUAUCACUCCACCCUUGCGAAUAA